UGUGAGCCAUAACAUGGGACCGAGAGUUGACGGUGGCACGCCUAUAAACUAAGUCUUACAUCGCUGUUACCAGCGAUAGCCUAGCACAAGGCCUAGAGGCAAGGCGAAAAAGGAUCAUAUCGACAUCCACCCCAGCUCGGAGCUACCAAAGCCACGCGGUAUGACUGCGCAAUCUGGCGUUCGAAGGCGUGGCGGCACUCAUAAGGUCAAAGAUGGUGACAAGACUGACUCUAAAUAUGAUGAGUGGAACCACACAGAGCUUGUGAGGGAGUGCAAGGCACGCGAGUUGUAUAUCAAGGAUAUGAAGAAAGCUCAAAUGACAAAGACACUGUUGAGGAGUGACAUCGAGAAGGAAAGAAUGGCGAGGGAGGUAGUUCGCGAGCGCAAAAGAAGGCAAGAAGAAGCGGAGCAGGCGAAGAAGAAGGCGGAAGAUGACAAACAUGCAGUCGUUGUAGCAAGGUACAAGAGAAACGAGGAAAAGCAGAGAAAGAGGGAGCGGGGGGAGGAUGUUAGUGAGGAUGAGAUGGACGAAGACGGGAUAGAAGUAUACCACAGAAUCUUGACGGGAAUAGACAACGAAGAGGCAGGAACCAUAGGCUAUCUACUCAGUGACGUGUCCUGGGAUAGCACAUCUACGGAGUCUACAACCAGAUCGGUCAAUGAGCCUAUCAUUCCCGCUUGCAAACUCCGCCUUUUCGAAUGGCCAUAUCACAAGAUGCCCACUAUAAGUCCCCCUCGAACACUCCGCGCGCCAUCUUAUACCCUUCGCCAGGAAAUAAGCUUUGCUGAAUCUCGACCGCGCCAUGUUCCGUACGCGCCCCUUAAACUGAUGACAACGAUGACUUUGGAGAAACUCACACUCCCAGGCCAGACAUAUCCCCCGGAAAUCAAUCCAGACUAUGCGCCAUUGCUCUCGCAGCAAACGAGGGCCGCUGUUCGUAACGGCAUCUUGGAAGGUGUUCUGCGUAAGGCUGUUAUUGAGAAAGCAUCUAUUUGGGCAGGACGUACUCAUGUACAAGGUUGGAAUGCACGUAUAUUUUUCACCCUUCGCCCGCACCAUCGGACGAAGAAGCUAGUGGACGUAUAUCGGAAAUGGUAUCGGGAGAACCGCAAGCUACUAAGAGUCAACGCUAGUGUUAAUGCGAUGAAGACAGACCGUGAGAGGCGGCACGUUCAAAGGCACAAAAAUAAAGGGAGAAAAACAUUCGAAGUUUAUGAAGCAGCUCAAUGUCGUCCGACUGCAAUAUGCUAUCUUCCAGCAUACUUGGAGUGCGAUCCUUUUUUGCAAGGGGCCGAUGAGUCGGAUCAGAAGCGCACAUUGGAAAAUUUGUUUUAUAUCCGCUUCCCCGGCUGCGAUGUUCCGCAUUACUACUUCUGGGCAGAUGAGGGAGGCUGGCCGGAUCCCACAAUUCGAAAUCCUGCAUGGGACCCUACAAGAUUGCUACAUGAAGAUACACAGGUAGAGGCAUCUGAGUACCUGGCUCUUCAACGACUGAAAGCCCAGGAGCCACAGAUCUUUCAGAAACGACCUGUGACUCGCAAGACCUUAGCUAGAGUCAAAAAGCAAGACAUAGUGAGCCCUAUCCUCACAAACACCUGUUUACUGCCGUUCGAGACAAUCGUGAUAGGGAUCGAACAUGAACUUUACGCCAACGGUCUCCAGGUUACAAUCUUCAAGUACAGGCAACGCUGGCUCGCAAGUGGCAAGUUUCAGGCGUGGAAAAGCUUUGGUCGGGCGCUGCCAACCCUGUAUCCCAGCGGCAGAAUGCCAGAUGCGCCACCUGUACAUUCUAUCUCUACAAUGAGCAUCGCGCAGAAGAUCGCAAUCUCGGAGGCUCUGCAAGGAGAUGGGCAGUCAAAUCCUAUCAGAGGUGAUGAACCAUGGACAAGAAACGACGACGAAUUGUGGGACGUAAUCGAGAUAGAGGAGGAUGUUGAAGAUAGCGACGUAGACGAGGUUGUUUCUCGAGCCGGGGACCGUGUAGUGCAGGAUGGUGUGUUCUGCAAACCGAUCGUCAUGCUUGAGGACGGUGAUAUGCAAGAGCAGCAUGAGUGUGUUGUGGAGACCAGUGAGAAGGAACAUAAUGCUUUGUGUCGUAGGUCGAGUCUACCACUCCACAACUGGGCCAAACAACUCGUUUCGUCGUCUGUCGCCACACAGAUCGAGGAUGCAGAGAGGGCGAAGUGGGAGCAACGCUUUCUUAAACACAUUGAACGAGAGACAAGUCUCGCAUGUCCAAUUGGUCGCUUUAAACGACACUCGACAAAUCCAGAGGCCGUAGCAAACCACACGCAACCCCGCAGCAAAGAAGACCAUCUUCUCUAUCAACACCAUCAGGAAUUGAUAGACUCUGGAGAAGACGCAGACAUCGAUUCCGACGGCCCCAACUCGGAACGUACGAAAACAACCUCCCAUUCUCGCCAACGCUCUACACAGAAAGCGAAGGUUGAGCGGUGCAGAGAGUGUAGGAGUUGACAAGGGGAAGAAACGAUGGAAGAGCGACAAGAUCAGUGGAGAAGGUUAGUAGGUUGGAGUACGAUGUGAUUAAUAUCACAAGACAGCUUGGUAAUUGUAAAGGGAGAACAAGUCACAAACUUCCUA